AUGGAUCUAAUUGCGAUGAAGGUCUUCCUUUACGACGUUAUCCUGGGCAUGAAUUGGUUGGCUGAAAUGAAGGCAGAAAUCGACUGUGACACACGUUCGGUAAAGGUACAUGAAAGCAGAGGCGUCGCUUUCAUGUUCCCAUUCCAGUCUCGAAAAUGCGGCUUCUGGAAGGAAGAGAUCAAAUUUCUGGGUCAUGUGGUGUCCAAAGAAGACAUAUCCAUGGACCUGGCUAAGGUAGCAGCCGUACAAGAUUGGAAGCAACCGGGUUUGGUUACAGAAGUAAGGAGUUUUCUCGACCUUGCAGGCUACUAUAGGAGCUUCAUUAAAGACUUUUCGAAAAUAGCUCGGCCGUUAUCCCAGCUUACGCAGAAGGACAUUAACUUCGCCUGGAAUGAGAAGGCAGAGGCGGCUUUCCAAGAGUCGAAGGAUAAACUGACUACGACGUCGGUACUCGUGUUACCCGAGCAAGGGGUCAAGUACACCGUUUACACCGAUGCCUCUCUAGUGGGCUUGGGUUACGUACUCAUGUAG